AUGGAUAAGCUUCUUCGUCCAGAAAUCCCCCCUCAAACAACUCAGGAAAUGUACGGUGUCCCUGAAAAUAUCCUUGAGAUUGAUGUUGUAAAUCCCCAAACUCAUGGCACCGGUCGACAUAUGUUCACGACGUAUGAAAUUCAAACACGGACAAACAUUCCAUCCUUCAAGUUUAAAGUCUCGAGUGUUCGUAGACGGUACAGUGAAUUCGAGCAGUUUCGCGAUAUUCUUGAGAGAGAAGCCGGCCGUAUUCAAAUCCCCCCUCUUCCUGGAAAAGUUUUCACUCAUCGUUUUCACGACGAUGUCAUCGAAGAGCGUCGCAAGGGUUUGGAGAAGUUUUUGAGAAUGGUCUGCAGCCAUCCACUACUGCAAACUGGUUCCCGUUCUCUUUCGGCAUUUUUGCAAGAACAACAGUUUGACGCUCGCAUGUGGACAUCGUAA